AUGAGCAAUCCAAUAGAUAAAAUACUCGGUUCCGUCAAAAAUAAGAUGAACUCGUCGAAAACAGAUCUGACUGAUGACAACGACGAGAAGAAGCAAUCGACAACAACUUCCAAUAGUAAUUCAGCGCUCUCAACGAUUCUUGCAGGCCUUAGACUUUAUGAAAACGAUACAUCCUCCCAUGGCCAAUCGAGUAAAUACUCUCCUAUCGAUUCGCUUUAUGACGUGAUCAUUCGUAUCAAUAAUAUAUCCGAUUUACGUUCAACAGGCUGGGAGGUUUUAGUUGGCAAACACACAAAAAAGGUGAAGGUAGCUAAAAGCAGUUUUGAUCACGCGGCAAACGACGAUGCAUCGUCGGAGAGCAAAAAAGGUGUUGUGGCUACUGUUAUGGGAGCAUAUAAUCGUGGCAAAACGUUUCUAUUGGAAAAACUGUGUGGUAUCGAGCUUCCCACUGGAAAUUUAAUAGCGACAGAAGGUAUAUCAAUUACAGCUGGACGAGAAAACUACACGAAUAUCGUGUUUCUGGACACUGCUGGUACGGAUACGCCAGUCAAUAGUGACGAAAUUGAGUUUAAGAGGGCUACUGAAGCACUGCUACGAGAAGUAGUAUUACAUUUAUCGACGUUUCUUAUCAUCGUUGUGAAUCGUUUACGUGCAACAGAUCAGAUUUACAUUAAAGAAAUAUUAAAAUAUCUUCGAAAUUAUCAAGAGAAAAAGAGCGUGGUAAUCAUUCAUAACUUCCUCGAUGUUGAAACGGUUGAAGAUCUCAACAUGGUGAUUGCAAGCGAUCUAGAGAAGAUUUUCAAAGCAAAGGCCAGCUUGAGACAAGUCGUCUCUAACCGUGUUUCAAAACCGAUCAACUUUUACACAUCAAAGCAAAAUGGAAUCGACGUAAGCCAUUAUAUUUUAGCAAAAGCUCGUUCGGAUGCAUCGAAGAAUUGGAAUCGGCAAACGUUCGAUGGAGUUAUGAAUCUCUUACAAAACUCUGACAAUAAACGUAGUCUCGAUCUAGUUCAUGACAUGAUUGAGUUUAUCAAUACUAAAUUACCACAGUUAUUGAAACAAGAAAAUCAUUCGUCAGCCAAUUCUGAACAUAUUAGUUUGAAACUUGCACAGCACUGCAGCCAACCGUAUAUUGUGCUCGAGGAUCGAGAAUAUCGUGAAGAUCUCUCGAGAGAUCCCGUACCAUUGGAAUUAUCAGAGAAGCUUGUUUAUGACGAUGCAGGUUAUUUUCUUCGAAACGAAAGUGGACAGUGGCAACCUCGGUAUAACUUAUACGAAAAUAAAGACCAAUAUUGUUUAAUUGUUGAAGCAUCAGGAUUCAAGAAAGGAGAAAUCAAAACGAGCAUCGAGAGCCACUGCAUGAAACUCGAAGGUACACGAUCUGACUUAGUCAAAGCAAUGACUGAUCCCGUGAUCCGUCAAUCUGAUAUUCCGAUUGGUUCGUUUAAAUUAGAGAUUCCAUUUAAAGACGAAGUAGAACCGAAACAAACGCAAGUGGAGCGAGAAGACGGUUUUAUUCGAUUCACAGUUUUGAAGAAAACAAAAGAUGAAAUGGAACUUGAGGUCUGA